AUGCAGCGAGAUCCAGCUUCUCCUGCCUCUCAUACCUCUGCCUCCGCACAAGCCGACUACAACCUCUCUCCUCCCUCGCUGUGGCAGGAUGGUCGAAAAAGGAAGAAUGCCCCGCCUGGCUCGCGCAGCGUCGACACCCUCACCCCCGAACAGCUGGCCAAAAAGCGUGCCAACGACCGCGAAGCCCAGCGUGCGAUUCGAGAGCGGACCAAGCAGACCAUUGAGAGUCUGGAGCGGAGGAUACAGGAGUUGACAUCGCAUCAACCAUAUCAAGAACUGGAAACCGUCAUCAGACAGAAGGAUGCCAUCCAGGCCGAGAAUGAGGAGAUUCGGCGGAGGCUUGCCUCUGUCAUGUCCAUCAUUCAACCCAUCGUAGGAGCGCAAGGAUUAACUGAUCUUGCAAGCGCUGCGCAGCACAAUGCCCAGGCUGGGCUGAAUCAAGCGAAUCCUCUCCUCAAACCUCCCUUUCCGGCAAAUGACGGCUCACAAGCCGAUUCAACAUCCUUCCACAGCCAGCGAAAUGGGCAGAGCGCUUUCUCCGUCUCUCCGAAUCUGUCACACGGCCAGGCGGAAUCUCCAGCGCAUACAACACAAUUUGGAGCAGAAGAAAUCGAGGAAAACAGGCCUUCUCUUACAUCGAGAGAUGCACUGAGCAACCAACGGGAUAACCUCCAACGGAGCCUUGAAUUGAACGAUGGCGGGGAGCGCGUCAACUUUGGUUUCCUGCUCGAUCUUUUGGGACAACGAACAGGUGGUGCACGGCCUCAGCCUCAACUUCGACCUCGACCACGCGCCCAGCAAUCACAGCAGCACUCCUCGCCUCUCAACCUCAGCUCAUCCUACCCAGCCCUUUCCCCGACGAUAUCCGAUCAACUACAACUUCCUACAGCAUCCUGGAGUGUCCUCCCCAAGAACAGUCCGCCCACAUGUCCUCUCGAUAGCUUACUCCUCAAAUUCUUACAGUCUCGCCAGCGCGAACCUGUAGGCGCGUCCAACGCCCUCCCCACCACACCGUCCUAUCCUUCAGUUUCGUCUCUUCUAAACCCCAGCGGUCCCCGUCGCCCUCUCGACGACUUAUCCCAACUCAUGACAGACAUAAUCUCAAAAUUCCCCAACAUCUCGGAAUUGCCUGAACAACUGGCGACAUUGUUCGUCAUGUUCACCCACAUGCGCUGGCAAAUCCAUCCAACAAAAGAAAACUACGAGCGGCUCCCCGAAUGGUUCCGGCCGACUCCCGCGCAGAUCUUCCACCCUCAUCCAGCGUGGAUGGACCAUAUUCCGUGGCCGCGGAUGCGAGACAGGGUCGUGGUGAACCCCCAGGAUUACCACUUUGACAAUUGGUUUUUCCCCUUUACAUCGGGUCUCUCCGUCAACUGGCCAUACGAUCCCGUGGAUUGUCUCCUAAGUACUUCUGAGAAAGAAGAACCGGUCAUCAACCCGGUCUUUGAGAGCCACAUUCGGCGACUGGACAACUGGAGUCUGGGACCGUCGUUUGCCGAGACCUUUCCUAAUCUGGCGGACACGGCGAGGAUACAGGGGAAACAGUCCGGGGCAGUUUGA